GGGGAGCGGGCCUGGCAGACGCCCCAAGAUUGUUGCAGGCCGAGCCAGUGGGUGAGCUGUAAUCUGAACCAGCUGCUCCGAGCCCCAUUGUUUAACAUACUUAGAAAAUGAAGUGUUGUUCAUCGCGGACAUUCCUGCUCCAGGCUUGAUGCUGAGUUAGUCACUGACGGCUAAGCAGAACCAGGUGCCCCGGGCGGCCGCCCCGCCGUGAGCUGCAGGACCGGCUCCCUGCCCACCCCUGGGCCGCACACCCAGCCGCCGGCCCGCAGGAGGAGGCCACGGCUCCCGGCUCCGCAGCUGUUCCUCCAGCCGUGCUCCCCGGACAGGACAUGCCAGCUGUACAAAGGCUACUCACCGUCACCAUUCUGGCCCUGUGUCUCCCCAGUCCUGGCAGUGCUCAGCAGCCGUGUACCAAUGGCUUCGACCUGGACCGCCCGUCGGGACAGUGUUUAGACAUAGAUGAGUGCCGCACCAUCCCUGAGGCCUGCCGGGGCGACAUGAUGUGCGUGAACCAGAACGGAGGCUACCUGUGUAUCCCGCGGACCAACCCGGUGUACCGGGGCCCCUACACUGCCGGCUCCCCCGCCUACUCCAGCCCCUAUGCGGGGCCCUACCCUGCUGCUGUGCCCCCUCUGUCUGCCCCCAACUACCCCACCGUCUCCAGGCCCCUCAUCUGCCGCUUUGGCUACCGGAUGGACGAAGGCGACCAGUGUGUGGGUGAGUGGCCAGGGAUCGGAGUCAGCCUGCCAGGGGGGUCAUGGGUCAGCCAGAUGACUGACCUGGCUGGGGGGAGUCGAGGGUCAGCCUGCUGA